AUGAGUAGUCAAGCAGAUUCAUCGUCGUCAUCAUCGACCCCACGCCUUGGAUGCCUCACAUGCCGCCGGCGAAAGGUCAAGUGCAACCUCGAGCAACCCACAUGCGCCGCCUGCAACAGGCUGCAGAAGGAAUGCGUCUGGCAGGAUAUGAGCGCUGCUCCUCCUCCACGCCAACCUCGUCGCCCUAACGAUUCGGCGUGUGAACAGUGUCGCACUCGCAAGCUCAAAUGCGAGGGGGAUCCCCAACGAGGUGCUUGCACGCGGUGCCAGGCGACUUCAACAGCGUGCGACUGGUCUUCUGAACGUGUAGUUCGGCAACGGACCUCUGCUGGCCCAUCAACCAAGGCGUCCACGUCGACACCCUCAGCGGCACCUUUGGCCUCUACUGCUGGCCCAUCGAUUGCUGCUGGGCCAUCGUUCCCAAACGAACUGUCUCAAGCUGAGACCGAGGCGAUGAUCGACCUCUAUUUCGAGACUGUUCAUCACUUUGGUUUCUUGACGUUCAUCCACGAGAUGCGAUUCAAGCGGCUGCUGAGUCGCGGCAAGGCACCGCGCGACUUGACAAUGGCAAUGGUCGCGAAUGUCCUUCGCUUCACGUGCGAUCCCACUCCCGAAAACCUCGCGCGAGGAGACGCGCUCGUCGACGGCAUCAUUGCCUCUCUCCUACCCCGUGUCCUCCAAGGAUUUGGCGUCAUUCAGCUCAUGACACUGAUUCUCGUGUCCCACUACGAGGGCCAACGAGGCAAGACUGGUUCUCGAUUUCUCCUGUCAGCCCUCUGUGUUCGAAUGGUCCAACUAAUGUCCUUGAACACUCUGGAUCACACCUUUCCGGCAAAGCUGCCGGAGUCGCACCUGUCACCGCUCUUUACAUACGAGGCGCUGCGCCGUGUGGCAUGGUCGGUCUUCUUCCAGGAUUCGACGCUGGAUGGAGGACGGUACGGGUCUAGCCUCGUCGACCUCGGGACAUUUCGUAUCCAAUUGCCUUGCAACGAGCAAAGCUUUCUUGGAAACGACAAUUCACGGACGGAAUCCAUCUUUGCGCCUCCUUCAGAACAUACUGCCAUGCUUGGACUCUCUGCCUAUCUCAUCCGUGCCACGCACCUUCGACGGCGUGCACUAAACGCCGUGUUCCGAAUCACGCACCACGACCUGCAGGUACCCGAAGUUCAAGCCGACCUGGCAGCCAUUGAAGCGACCGUGAAGGAGUUUGUCAACUCGAUGCCAGCUCGCUACCAUUUCACUUCGGACAAUGCCUUCCUCCACCGUAAACGCCUGCCAGCGUUCUUGCUGCUUCACCUGCUACUCCACAAGCUCUACAUCAUCGUCACCAUGAUGAAGCUUGCGCUGUAUAGGUUGGACCCGGCGUUUUCACACCUUAUCCCCCAGGUUCGACACCAGCGUAUUUCACAUGCUACAGCAGUGUCUGGGAUCCUGGCCGAGGGCCUCAAGCAGAACACGACGUUUGACUUGCAGGCGUUCGGCGAGGCGUACUAUGCUCUCGAGAUCCUCCUGUUCGAGCCUCGCCGGUUGGUGGCCACGGAUUCGAACGCAGACGCCAUCGCAGCUGCAAUCCCGCCCCUGCUCGCACUCCUUCGUAUUGGUGGAAGACGUUCAGAGGUGAUUAGGGUCCUUCACGUCGAGGCAGUUCACCGACUACUGCGCUGCGACUACCUGCCCCUGCUUGACAGCUUUGACCUCGAAGCGUUUGGCAGCGAGUAUCAGCCCGGUCAAGACGAGGCCGAGUUUGAUUUCCGCGACUUUCGCUUCGCCAAGAUUGAGCGCCUGCGAAGCGUCAGCCGUCCCACCUGGCAGUUCCGCGACGAGCCGUUACUCGAAUAUCACCCAGACCCCGAGUCUGGUGCCAACUCGGCUGUGGUCUCGCCUCGUCUUGAUGCUUCGCACGUCAACUCGUCCAAUGCGAAUGUGCCGUCCACUCUCGACCUAUCACCACUUGGGGGAUCAACACUCGACGGCGGCGACUCCCUCAGCGACCCCUGGGUGCGCUUGCUGGACCCCAUGGCGAAUGUUGCCCCUACGGGUGUGCAGGACAACUUUGCGUGGCUGUUUGGAGAGUCUAGUCGGCCACGGCUGCAAACUGGAGACCCCACGGAGUUUUGGAGUCAGAUCAGCCGGGAAGAUGCCUACGACGGUAGGCCAUGA